GCGACCUAGAUAGGUGCCCCUUCACGAUCAUAUCCAUAGUCGAAGGAGGACUUCGCUUCUCGAUCCAACCCUUGAUCUGCGAAUUUUUGAGGCAGACAAGGCUUUGUCCGACCCAAGUCCCAAACAACAUAUACAAGAUAUUAAACGACGUGGACGAGCUAAAUAGGAGGCUCGGUCUCAAUCUCGAUCUUGUCGAGAUAUUUCAUCAAUACAGUCUCAGCAAGAAUAAAUGUGGGUUUUGCUGGUAUAUGAAGUUAAAGAAGGGCCGAGCAAAACUCAUUGAGGGUAACCCGGAUAAGGAAACAAAUGAUGAUGAUUUCCUGUGGGUAUCCGGUCGAUAUGAGGACACCGAGGCACCCAUACCGGGCUGUACAUUAGGAAAGACUUUGGGAGUGCUGGUGAGUAGCUCGGCCAACCGCAUUGUCUUCUUUCUGCAUUGGUUUUUCUCUUGCUGAUCUAACACUCGUCUUCUUUUUGCAGAUUACAAACUUCUGGCCGAAGACUACUCCCGGGCUAACCAAGAGGCCAUCAGAGUUUUGCUGCGUCAUCCAACCGAGGAAUGGGAGUCUCCUAAACUGCUCGGCUUCGAACCGACCUAUCACUACAUAGCACCGCGCAAAAGCCGGGUCAUUGACUUCCUUCGUGUGCCCUUUCUAGAGCCAGAUCCAAAUCUUUCGCCGAUCAAACUUGUCCCUCUCAUCGCCGAGCAAGAAAUGGCAAAAACCCGGGCAAUCAAAUCAAUGAUCACUGGUGAACUGAGUGACUCCCAGCCACCAGAGGCAUCUGGAAGGACUUCCUCCACUCCGGUUGCACGAAAAGAGGGUGUUGUGCUGGCUCUUGCCAGCGAACAAGCAGUUGGCCGGUUAAAGAAGAGGCAGAGGAAAGAUUUGGCCGGAUAACACCUGGUGGACGAGGACUCCACCGAGCAAGCUUCGACCGACCUGGGGGACUAGACCGAGCAACCAAUCAGCGGGCCAUCCAAAAGCCCAAGUGCCCUCCCGGUCUGGUCGCCCAAAUUCAAGUACAAAGGUCGUGCUGUCUCUGCUGCAAAUUCUGUUUACGCAGACAAGGACUACUCGCUCGGUUUUAACAUGACCAAGGGGUUGCUCCAUCCUGCCGACAUGAAGAAGCAUGACGAGCUAUCCGACCUGAAGGUUCUUUGCUCGGCAGCGAAAUCAAUAGUGCUGGCCGCGCAGAAGAACCACUUGGCCCACGAGCGCAUGAUCGCCGUGCGGCAAAGUCUGCGAGAUGCGAUCUCAGACAAUAAGGCGAAGACGGCCGAGCUAGCAAAGUUGAAGGUCGCGCAGGAGGCGGCAGAGGCCGAGCGCGACAAAUUGAGCAAACAAUUGGCGCGGGCUGACGAAGACAAGCGGCGGGCUGUCAAGCUGGUGAAGGCUCGCUACCUCGUCGAGCUACGCAAGCUUUGCGAUGCUCACAAAGAAGAGAAGGACAAGGCGGUCGACGAUGCCGAAGAUCGGGGGUACGUGCAGGGUGAAAAAACUUACAAACGACAGGUUCAGGCGACCAAGGACAUCUUUUUCCAGUGCGGUUGGAAAGCUGCCGUGGAGAAAGUUGGCCUUGGUCAGGACGCGAAGAUGUUCCAAAAUCCGCCCGCUGCCUUCAUACCGCCUUACAUACAAGCCUACGCUAGUGUCACACAAAAGAGGCUCAUCGAAGAGGCGAAGAACGCCGCCGAGGAAGAGGCUAAGAAAUCAGCCGAGGAAGAGGGUGCUGCCGCACAACCUGUCGAUCAAACUUCUCCUGAGGCUUCUGACCGGGCCGAAGAUGAAGUGGCCGAGCGGGAGGUUAUUGCGGUGGAAGGCGCUGACGAUAAGGCCGAGGAGGGCUUGACUGAGCAGACAGUUGAUACCGCCGAGCAAAUCGUUGACAUCGAACUAGAUUGAUGUUUUCCCCCUCUUCUUGUCUGCUUUGUUUUUUUUUUUUUUUGAAUGUAACCGGGCUUCGCCCCACCUUGUAAUGCAAUUUCCCUUAUCAAUGAAAAUUUGAACUUUUUGUUCGUUGAUGAUCAAUUUCUGCUCGGCUGCAGCGUGCAAAAUUUCUUCAUUCAAAUGGUCAUGAAUCAUAACUGGUAGGUCGGCUACGCCGCGCCAUAUGCUAGGCUAAAAUCAGUAUUUCUUCAAUUUUUGGAUAAUCGUUGCAUUUCAUUUGGCCGAGCUAAAAUCAGCUCGGACCUUGUAGGUGCGAUAAAACACUAAUAUUUCGAAGCUCGGUGUUCAAAGCAUUAACACUUCAAGUCACCGAGCUAAAUCAUCUCAGCCUUUAGAGGUUUUACAAACACCCAUCAUGUCAUUUAGGCCGAUCAAAAAUCACCUCGGCCCUUCUUUGUUUGAUAACACGCCAAGUCUUCUUUUCAGGUGGGCAAAAAUCAGCUCGGCCGUAAAAGAAGUUGGACAAAUUGCCAUCAUUUCAUUUUAGCAGAGCAAAAUCAGCUUGGUGUAAAGA